AUUACAACAACAAUAAAACGGAAAUUCAACAAAUCAUAAUUAAUCAUUUUACUCUUAAUUUAGUUAAGUUAGAGACAUAAUAAAGCACCAAUAAUGUCUCAAUCAUCGAUAUCUUCAUAUUUCAUCACGAGAAAGCGUAAUCUUGAAGAUGAUAUUGUAGCUAGUAAGAAAAAAGUAAUUUGUCUUGAAAGAAAUCCAGCAUCAUGUGAAUUAAAUGAUGCCGAAGAGAAUUCUAAUAAAAUUGUUUAUCCAUCAUCUUCUAAGCUACUCAAUGGCGACAUUAAGGAUGAUAAAAUUACGAAAAUCACUGGACUUUCGUCUGUACGGCAAGGAAUUACACCGCAACGAAAAAGAUCCAGUAGACGAGUUCAGAUGCAAAAUGUUGAUGGAAUUGAGGCACCAAAAGUUGUUAAUUUCUUUCUGGGUGGAAGUAUGUCACCUCAGAAGAAAUCCAAGAAGCAACUUGCUCCAAUUGAGACACCAAAAGAGACUAUAAACACGACAAAAUCAGAUAAUGAACAGAAUCAUGGCAUGCAAACUCCAACAAAGAAACCCAUCUUGACCACAGAAGUUAAUCGUGUAGAAAAGACUAUGAUGAUAUCAACAAAUACCUUAAAUACUGACGAAAUAAAGAAAAAACUUCGUGCAAGUGCCAAAUUGACUGAACUCAAGACAUCACUUAACAAACUUAGGAAUGGAUUUGACAAGUUGGAUCAAAUGGAACUGAAGAGAAAGGAGAUGACUAAAUCAUCCAAAGACAAGAUCCAGUCGCGUGAAGGCGAAGCAAAGUCAUUGAAGCCUUUUAAGAACAUUGAAUUAGAGAUUUUAAGUCCAAAGAAAGGCUUUACUUCACCGAUCAAGUUGAAGGAUUCUCCAAUGAAAAAUAUGCUAAUUGGGUCACCAAAGCUCUUGACUCCAAAGAAAUUGUUGUUUAGUCCAACAAAAUCACCAAUUAAAGCACCAGCUUAUGAGCGCUUCCAGAAUUUAACUGAAGUAGGAGCACCUUCUUUACAAUUGCCAUUUAAAUAUCGUUACUUAUUGGAAGUAUUCAAAGCGGUCGAUACAGUCUGUGCAAUGUUCUUUAAUCGUAAAGAGAAAAUUACGUUCAAGAAAAUGAAACCUGCUGUUCAGCGGAUUUUAAGGAAGAACUUCUUUGAGACUCAUCUCGCACAAAUCCAAAAGUUGAUGCCAAAUGCCUUUAAAUAUGCUCAAGAAAAGACUAGAAAUUAUGGAUCGACGUCUAAACAAGAUUAUUAUCAAUUAGUUAUAAUACCAAACAUUAAAUCUGAUAAUGAGGAAGUCAGCGAACUUAUUUUGUCCCCACAAAUUCUCAUUCAACGUUAUCGUAAAAUGACUGAUUUAUUGACUGACUUAGUUUUCGCAGAACAUGCUAAAUUCCUUCAAACAUUGGACAUUCCAAUGACUGUUACACGACGUGCCUUAAAACGUUGGCAUCCAGAUUUUCCACUGGAAUCAGUUCCUGAUAUUGAACAGGGUGAAUUGCCAUUGCCACCAAAUGUCGAGAGAUUCUCAUCAGCUAAAGAUAUUUUGAGUACGGCUAGAAACUUGUUUAAUUGCAGCACGCCAAUGGAAAGAGCUUUAGAACGUCUUGAUGCCAAAAAGAAGGAAGAAAAGUCCAAGCAAUUACAAAAUGAGCAACAAGUUGAUGCUAAACAAUUGGCAACGACUCCAACUCGUCCAUUAAUUGAUGAAAAGAAAAAGCAGCAAUUACCAGACACUACAUCUGCUUUAUUAAAAGGCGUUCCUCAAUCUCUAUUAGAUAAGAUUCGUGCUAAGCAAGCAGCAAAGGCACUAGACACAAUGACCCGCCGUCCAUCACAAGAGCGUGAUUCUGCAAAAUAUUCUCGUUUGCCUGAACUUGCUCGACAUGUUCGUAAUGUUUUUGUGACUGAAAAGAAAGGCGUAUUGCCUCAAGAGAAUGUCUUGGUCAAAAUGCAAAAUAGCUAUAAAGCAUGUGCAUCGAUGAAGGAACUAGAAGAAUUAUUGAAACUAUUAGCUAAGGAAAUGCCUCGUUGGAUCUCAUUUCAUGAAAUCAGGAAUAUGAUGUUUAUUAAGCUUAAUCGUGAAAGUGAUCUCACCGAAGUCAUCCAAAAGCUUCAGGAACUAGCAGCGCAAAAGGCUCAAAUUCAGUGACGAAUUAAACUUUUUUUAUUAUAUUCAAAUUUUUUUUUAAAGAAUUCUUUUUAAAGUUUGCCAGUUUUUGUUUGUUUCUUAAAAUGAUAAGAUUAUUAAAAGUUUGUUCACUUACAUACAUACUUAAUAACUUUUUAACGAACUAUAGCUUCAAAUUUACACAUUUUUUUUCCCAUUAAUAAUUUUGUUUAAAAAAUUUCAUUUAAUACAAUUUUUUUGAAUAAAUCGUUUUUAAGAAACUUCUUUGGCUUGAUA